AUCACGGUAUUGGUCACUGGGAUGGAGCGACUGCGCUCCAGCGAGCGGUUAGCGCAUAAUCAUGCGUUUGGCCGGUCAGUGUGUGGGAUGCUGUACAAGUCCGCUGCGUAAAAGUGGACAGGAGUAGCGUGCCGUGUUGAGUAGGGAAUUAAAAGAAAAACGCCUGACCACUGUGAUAUUAGAUGUUUUGUGAGCGGGCACCAGGCACUGCUGCGCUCUGUAUCUGCAGCCGUGGAGGGUUUUCCCCCCUCCCGCUGUAAUAUUUAUGACAAAACGGAGGCAAAUUAUUCUGGUCACGUUUUUGGCUGACGGUCGGCUGUCCUGGAGAGCGCUGGAGUGAAUCCGGGUCCAGCGUUGGAGAUAGCGCAGCGCACCAACACCUGCAGUAGGAUGUAAAGGGAAUUCCCACUCACCAAACUGAAUCAACCACAGAUCUGGCCAUCCUCAUCACUGCCUCGUUUGAGCCAGAGGAAAAGAAAAGACAGAGCAUGGUCUGGUGUGGGGGCUGCUGUUGCUAUGUGUGAAGGAGUGCUGUGGCGUCAAUGGAGACCGAAGGCUAUCGUGACCUCCUGGAGACCAGCGAUGGUCAGGGGGUAGGCCUGCUGGAUGGCGGGGGUGAGGUGGGGGUGGAGGAGGGCUGGAGCACUCCCUACCCUCUGGGCUUUCAGGUGUCUUUGACCACUGUGUUGAUACUAGAACUGGUGUUGGGCUUCAGCAGCAACCUGACCGUACUUGUGCUCUACUGUGCUCAAUCUAACCUGGUGGACUCAGUCAGCAACCUGGUCACAGUCAACCUCCAUGUGCUGGACAUACUGGUCUGUGUGCUGUGUCUGCCACUGACUGUAGCUGUGAUCCUGCUACCAGCUAACGAAAGUGGAGUCGGCAGCCUGGCCACACUGUGCUGCUUUCACGAGGCUUGUGUCACAUUCACCAGUGUGGCCACAGCAGUCAAUGUGCUGGUGAUCAGUUUGGAUAGAUAUGACAUCUCAGUGCGUCCAGCCAGUCGUCUGCUGACCCCCAGGCGUGCAGCACUGCUCCUGGCAGCAGUGUGGGCCGUGUCUUUGGCUGUCUUCUUCCUGCCCUUCCUUGAGGGGGACUUCUUCUCCUCUAGGGCUGAGAACAGUGAGGAUGAAGAGCCAGAAGGGCAGAACAAUGACUCUGUGCACACCACUGGACUGACCCCCAUUUUUUCCUCCUUCUCUCCUUCCUCUUUACCCACAACUCAUCCUUCCUCUCCUUCGCACCACCUGCCUCCAGUAUGGCAGAACAGGACACUGCUGUGUGUAGGAGGGCAGGGUUAUUACACAGGCCUGGCUAUGUAUUACCACUUGUUACUUCAAGUGCCAUGCUUCUUCAUUGCUGUGGUUGUCAUGUUGUUCACCUACUCCAAGAUCCUGCAGGCCCUCAACAUUCGCAUUGGCUCCCACAUGAUGAGGGGUACGCGUGCAAAGGACUCCACCUGCAGGAUACGCUGCAGGAGGCGGAAGAGGAAGGACCUGAGCCUGCCCACAGAGGUAGUGUCCCCCACCCAGAAUCAGAACCUCAACCAUCCUCCUCUCAUCCCCUCUCCCACCCCUACACCAACAUCACCACCACCACUCUCUUCAAUGCCCCAGGGGAUGUCUGACAGUGGAGCAACUGUCACCACUGUCAGUACUGCUGCCACCACCCCCAUUGCCACUACACCAGCCACACCUGCUUCUCCGACCCCAGCUUUAGCCUCUACCCAGGCCACCUCACCACUGCCUGCCUCCUCCAUGGGUGUACAGGCAUCGGUUUCUGCCAUCAUCGCUUUAAGGCGGGCAGUGCGCAGGCACAGGGACCGCCGAGAACGUCAACGUCGUGUUCUAAAAAUGUCCCUAAUUAUCAUAUCCACUUUCCUGGGCUGCUGGGCCCCUCUGUCAGCAGUCAAUGUUCUGAUUCUGUGUCUGGGUCCCAGUGAUGGCCUGGUGCGGCUGCGACUCUGCUUUCUGGCGAUGGCUUAUGGAACCACUAUUUUUCAUCCUCUGCUCUACGCUUUCACCAGGCAGAAGCUGCGCCGUGCCCUCAAAACACGUGUCAAGAAAAGGGUAGUGUCCCUUCUGCAGGUGGACCCUGCUCCCAGCGGGGGGACAGUUAUUCAUAACUCCUGGGUGGAGGGGGAGCAGAGGAAGACUCGCAAGUCACGGGUAGAGGCCAGUGAUGGCACUGAUCGAUGUCUCACAGAGGCAGUGAGGGAAUGAGUUUGGUUCUCAGAGAAUGUUUGCAUGUGUGAGUGUGUGUGUGUGUGUGACUUUGAAGUAUUGUAUGUGUCUUACUAAUUUGCUAGAGAUGGAUCAUGUGUAUAUUUGUGCAUGGGUAUGGGAAAAAUGAGAACCAGUUAGUUUACAAAGAUCAAGACAAAUCCCACGACCUCUGGUUUCAUGUAGACGUGGAGACAGGUGAGUCCUAAGCUCCAAUUAGAGCCCUCUUUUGCUGUCCCUACACAGACGCUCAUUAGUCCACUUUCUGACUGACAAGGUGGUCACUGUGUCUCCAUGGCAACACUGGCCAAGCAUUAUGACAACACCAUAGCCAUGGCUACUGAAAAUACUAGUGUGCACCCCACAAGUAGGGCAAGGUAACAGCAAAUGUAUACAUUGUUGCUCCUGCGUGUACUUUCAACUUGCAUGUGCAUGUACAUAUGCACAGAUACACAGAUGCAAGCGCACACACACACACACACACACACACACACUUGUCCACACUGAUCUAUAUUAAGUCAUUAUCUGUGAAAGCACACCAAUAUCUACCUGCACAGAUAUUCUCAGUGAGAAAAAUAUUAAUGGAAGUCUAUAUUUCUCUUUGUUUUCCUUAUUUUUUCAUGCCUUAAUUGAGUUAUUAAUAUAUUCUCAUGAUGCUGAAUGUGCUGCUGUAUGUUUACAACAAUGAAGGAGUAGAGUGACAGUGUUUGCACAUACUGUAUGGUAUAGUAAGUUAAUGGCGGGUAAAUGCAAGCAUUCAGAUUCAAAGUUUACAGGCUCAUAUUAAAACCACCAGGAAACUGCAAAAAAACUGAUUCACAUUUAAUUUCCAGUAAGCACCAUAUUUUAAAAGAAUGUGUGCAAGUUAAAGCUAAAAGGCAUGACUUUAUUUUCAAUUAUUUUUUAAUAAACUGUAAGAGUAACAGUCAUGACUAUGAAGGCAAGGAUGUGUGAUUGUGUUUGUACGUUUGCAUGUGUGCAUGUAUGCGUAAAUGGAUAAACGAGUGUGAGUGCCGACGAUUAUGUGCAAUAAAUAAUGAGCAAAGCAAUGACCCCUAGGAUGUGAACAAACAGAAUGUGAACACAGAAUUGUUGGUUUUCAAUUUAUGUUUUAGAUUACAGGGGGAAGAGAGAAGAAAGGGGACUUAAUAUUCUGAUUAACAGCAUUAGGCCACUGGGUAUAAUAUAAAAGCAAAUUACGUGGAGCAAUUGUAACUACCCAGGCAACUAUAACAGUGUAACAUUGUAUCACAGUUUUAAAGUGGAAAUCAAAGGGCAACAUUUUGUGAAAACUGUCUCUGUAGUAACUGCAGGUAA